UAUUCUUAGUUAUUCACCAUCAAGUCCGCUAUUUUUCACCACAAAAGGUGUUUACCAAUAUAUAUCCUGGUAAUUCAACUCGCGCUAUUAUUUAUCUCGGGGGAACUUUUAUACCAAGUUUCCAAAAGUUCACAAGAGGUCGGAUCGAUGAUAAAAUAUUACAAAGAGUUGAAAAAAUAAAAUGUCAUUCACUGUAUAAAUUUGUCACUCAAAUCAUUUAAAACAUCCUGUUGAGGCUGUUAUAUUAAUAAGUUUCCCGCCGGGCCAGUGUUAGUGUUUCGGUAUCAGUUACAUAGUCAUAUCAGUGUUUCCAUCCGGUUUUAAAGCAACUCAAAUCGAUCUUCGAUCUAUAAAACCAGUUGUUACAUUCAAUAACAAUAGUGAUUAGUUCAACAACUGAGAAUGAAUUGAGAUAAGACAAUUGAUUAUCUAGUGAUGUAGUGAUAUUUUUGAUAACUUAAAUAAAUUCUUCUGUUAAAUAUACGUCGAAAAUAAAAUAGAUAAACAGUUUCUGCAUCAGUAGUUUGAAACAUAAUAUCAUUAAAAUGCACCCGAAAGAUAUUAGCAAAAUGUCAACCGAAGAGUUUAAAAACUUUUUAGAUUCUUUUGACACUGUUUUCACUGACUGUGACGGUGUAUUAUGGCUCAACGACACACCUAUAAAUGGUGCGUUACAAUCAUUGCAAAUGCUUGAAAGUUAUGGCAAAAAAGUUGUUUUUGUGUCAAAUCAUAGCGCUCGUUCAGUAGAGGAUUAUAUUGUCAAAUUUCGAACAAUGAAUUAUGAAGCAACUGCUGACCAAAUAAUUUUACCGUCACAAGCAGUCAUUUGGUAUUUGAAAAAAAUAGGAUUCCAAGGCAAAGCCUAUGUGAUUGCAACUCAAAGAUUUAGAGAAGUAUUAACAGACAAUGGUAUUGAAGUAGUCACUGGGCCAUUGGACAUAGAAGAAAACAUGACAGGAAUAUUGAGCGUUUUAAAGCCUGACCCUGAAAUAAAAGCUGUUAUUAUUGAUUUCGACAUUAAUAUGAACUGGGCUAGACUUUUACGAGCCGUUUCGAUACUUAGAAAUGAGAAUGUUAUAUUUUUAAUUGGUCCAAGAGAUAAAAAAUUACCGAUCUCUAAAACACAGUCAUUAAUUGGUCCAGGAUGUUUUAUUGACAUAAUUAUAAAUCAUACUAAUAGAACACCGAUUGAAUAUGCGAAACCAUGUGAAAAUUUGAAAAAUUUCAUCUUCGAACAAUUUAAUAUCACUAAUCCACAAAGAUGUAUUUUCAUUGGCGAUUCAUUGUCAGCAGACAUUAAAUUUGCACACUUAUGUGGAUUUAUAAAACUAUGGGUGAGCUCAGGAGUGGACUCGGAAGACGCUAUCAAAGAAAAUUGUGAAAUCAUGCCAGAUUAUUAUCUAAAAAACUUAGGAGUAAUGAAAACUUUGAACCAACAAUAAAAAAUUUUUUCAUCUGAAAAAAA